AUGACUCGCCAGCUCCUCUCGUCUAUCCGUACACUUACGUUUUACGCCAACGAGCCUACCGCUUCUCGUCGAGGCAAGGCUAUCCCGCAGCUCACUUGUCGUGGUGCUGCGUGUAAGCUCUAUCAGCCGGAAGUCGUCCGGUGCAAGAAUGCUGGAGGCGAAGGUACAGACGUAGACUGGACGUGCGAAGCAGAUCUCCCAGAAGCACUGCGGUUCGGGAGAGUCGAAGUCGGCUGUGAGGGAUGGUCUGGUCCAGGCGAUCCGUACGUUUACAAGGAGUCCUGCGGUCUCGAGUAUCGCCUUGUCCACGUCCCCGAUACACUUCGUAACGAUCAACGCGAUCCUUUCUCUUCAUUACCGCGUAAGAGCGUAGGCGACUACGCAUUCUUUGCGUUAUUUGCGGGCAUUCUUAUCUGGAUACUGUACAACCUCUUUCGCUCAUGUUGGGGCUCUCGUCCGCGGCCCGGAGGUGGGCGCGCACCGGGUCCCGGCACUGGACGCUCGCCCGGCUUUGGAGGGGCAGGAUACGGCCCUCGUGACGAUACGGACCCACCACCACCCUAUGUACCAGACGAUAAGCCCGGCCCUUCUGCAUCGACAACCGGCGGCAUACGAGGCGCAGAACUGCUAGGUGGCGCAGUACUUGGUGGGCUGGGAACAUACCUUGCAACUCGCAACCGGGGAGAUCGUGAGGGCGAGAGGCAGCGGUAUGAUUGGGAAAGAAGACGGGAAGGCGGUGCAAGAGAACGCGGAGUGUUUGGAUAUGGCGGUGGUCCUGUGGCCUAUGGCGGGAGGAGAUUUGACGACGAUCGAGGAGAGGGUCCAAGCAGUGGGCUCGGCAGUAUGAGAAGAAGUACCGGGAUGGGAGGAUCUAAUGUCCGUUAA